UUCAUCUUUUUUCUAGUAAAUAAACAGCACAAGCAAGUGAGCCCUCACCGGAAUCAUUAGUCAGCAACAGUAAUCCUCAUAAACAUAUAGCCAGAAGCUAAGAAUCAGCCAAAAAGGGCUAAUCAUUCCUCUCUCAUCAUUCGCUCGCACAUUUUCUUGGGCGCACAUGCAAAUCCCUCCACGAAAUAGAGCCGAGCCGGCACACCAGGUCCAAAAGCGUCAGGUGUACACUCAUCGCGCCGCGCCCUCGCGCCGCCCGUUGCCGUCGGUACCCAACCACCACGCAGAGACAAGAACACUGCCGCGCCAACCAAGUGUCAAGAAUUCACCAAAAAGAUUUUUUUUUCUUCCCACCCGGAAUCGAGCUUUUGCGCCCCAAACUUUGUCCUUGCUUUCCGUGUUUAACAGGAGUGAACAAACCGACGAUUAAAUCGCCAUCACCACGGGCCGCUCCCCCUCCCCGAUCCGAUCCCCGGGUGCCCACUCUCCGCUUCUUGCACGGCCGCAUUGACUCUGCUUCGAGGUGAGGCGAGGAGAGGGAGGGAUCCAGGAAAGGAGGCGUCUUGCUGAAUGCUGAUAGAUAGUUGCACUGCUACUUUUCGGGGCCGCUGGUGAGAGAUGGCGCCGUAGCGGUGGGAUGGGGAGCAGCUGGAUCUCUCCUGGUUGGAGCUGCCGUCACCAGUCUCACUGCAAGAUUCUUUCCCCUCGCUUUUAUUUUGCUGAUGAUUGCCUUUUUCCAGGUCCUUUUGGGGCCUGUCUCUUCAUCAUCACUGUCUUCAUAGCUUCCUCGACCAAUUAGAAUUGUUUUUCUUCAGGAUUGCGCCUGGUAAUUGACUGGUGUUAGAUUGUGAUUGCUUCUUGUUGCUUUCGCCAUUCACUGGUCGUAGAAUUACAAAAGAUCAAACAGUUCUUCAUCAGAAGUUAAGAACAUCUCUGCUUUUUGGCUUGUUGGCACAAUGACAGCAACAUCGCCAACCAAUACAAGGCGCAAGUACUCAUGGUGGUGGGACAGUCACAUCUGCCCAAAGAACUCGAAAUGGCUACAAGAAAAUCUUUCAGAUAUGGAUAGCAAAAUCAAGCUGAUGAUGAGGAUCAUUGAAGAAGAUGCUGAAUCAUUUGCAAAAAGAGCAGAAAUGUACUACCGAAGGCGACCUGAGCUGAUGAACUUACUUGAGGAGUUGUAUCGUGCAUACCGAGCUUUAGCAGAAAGAUAUGAUCAUGCAGCAGGGGAACUCCGACAGGCACAUCGAAAGAUAGCAGAAGCAUUUCCUGAUCAGGUUCUAAUGGACUUGGAUGAUGACCUCCCAGCUGACACUGCUUCCAUUGAAACCGACAUGGACAAUCCAGAUACGACUCCUUCUUUCCUCUCGUUCAUCAAUGCUAGCGAUUCAAAAAGGCAUGCCAAAGAUGACCAAGAUUACGAGAGGCUGCAUAAAGAACUUGCAAGCUUGUCAAAGGAAAACCAAGACCUCAAGGACAGGAUCUCAUCCAUGUUAGAGCAGAGCAACAAGGCUGAGUGUGAAAUCCUUCGCCUCAAGGAGUCCCUUGCACAACAAGAAGCAGAGAAAGGAGCUGCAGUUUCACUAUGCCAACAAUCAAGUGCUAGAUUACAAAACCUCAAGUCUGAAAUAUUACAUACCCAGGAGAAGUUCAACAAGCUGAAAGAGGAGAUGCAAACUGGGCCGCAGCCUUUGGCCAAAGCAGAUGAACGUUUCCUUCUGCUUGAAAGAGCUAACCAGGACUUGCACUUGGAGCUAGCUAAUCUGAAACUUAUGUUGAAACAGAAUAAUGACGAGCUAAAUGAGAAGCAAGCCGAGUUGGAAAAGCUUAAUAUCUCUACAGAAGAAGAGCAUCUCAAGCGUAUGCAAGCAGAAAUGGCACAGCUCUCUUUGGAGAAGCAAUUAUUACUGGCACAAGACAGACUGAGGCAUUUGGCUCUUGAGAAGCAGAGUGAAGUAAGCAAGGUAAAGGACGUCGAAACAAGCAAAGUUUUGCUUCAGAAAGAAUCGGAGAAAAUUCUUGAAGAGAACCAAAAGUUAAAUGAUCAAAGUCGCUCUUCUUCCGCAGUGAUAAUUCGUCUGCAGGAUGAGAUAAUUUCCAUGAAGAAUGUACAACGGAGACUUGAGGAAGAGGUUUCUCGACAUGUGGAGGAAAAGAAGACACUUCAACAUGAGCUUUCUCACCUUCAAGAGGAUAGGAGUGACUUGGAGAGGAAACACUUUUCAAUCAAGGAGCAAAUACAAUCUGUGAACUUGAAUGUAGAAUUCCUACAAGCACUAGCCCAAGAGUUGAGGGAUGGCCAUGUUGAGCUGAAAGAGAUUAUCAAGAGCCAUGAGAGCAUUGAAUUUCUGCAUAAUGACAACCUGAGACAGUUGGAGAGGAUGUCGGAGACGAAUGCACAUUUAGAGAAGUCUUUGUCAGCUGCAACCACUGAGCUCGAGGGGUUGAGAGAGAACAAGGUGGCAUUAGAAGAAUCAUGCAUGCACCUCAAAUCCAAGAUUCACACUCAUCAGUCCGAGCGAGCUGUGCUUGUCGUACAGAUUGAGGCAAUUUCUCAGACCAUGGAGGAGCUACUAGAGAAGAAUGUUUUCUUGGAGAAUUCAAUAUCUGACGCUAAUACUGAGCUUGAGAGUUUGAGGAGGAAGUUGAAAGAACUGAAAGAGUCCUCAGAGGCACUUCACAAUCAGAAUUCUAUACUUCAAUCUGAGAAGAGAACUCUUGUCCGCCAGAUUGACAGCAUCAUCAUCACUCUGCUGAAUUUGGAAAGACAUUACACAGAACUAGAAAGUCGACACUCAGAUCUGCAGAAGGAGAAGGACUUGGUGCUCGAUGAAGUGAUUAAACUACAGGAACAGAUCAGGCUUGAGAGGAAGGAGCAUGAAGAUCUUGCGCACUCAAGCAACACUCGAUUCGAUGCUCUACAGAAGAAGAUUAGCCAAUUGCUAGAAGAGGGCAGGAAUAGAGAGGUGCAGCUUGGAGAGGAGGAGCUCAAGAUUGUAAAAGCUCAGAUAGAGAUAUUUGUCUUGCAGCAGUGUUUGAACGACAUGGUGGAAUUAAAUUCUGAUAUAUCAGCACAAUUGCAAAAGAAGAAGGAACUAUGCAAGGUCCAGGAGGGGAAAAUGGACAGCUUAUCAGAGCAUAAUCAGAAACUAACUAAAGGGAUUGAUUCAGUGGUGAGAGUAUUACAUUUGGACCGUAAGUAUGAAUCCUUAGACCAAAUGAAGCUUGAAAUCAUUGUGCAGCUCAUCUUGAAUGAGAUCAGCUGCCUGCUGAAUACUAUAUCCGAUGCCCAGGAUGUAAAGCAAAAUGAGCUUGUUGAGAAAUCACUUGUUGUUACACUUCUGGAGCAUUUCGGACAAGAAGUGGCUGAGUUAAGGUCAGAGCGGAACAUCUUCAAGCAAGAUCAGCAGGCAAAGAAUGAGGAACUGCUCCAGCUGCAGAGAGAAAAAGAGGAACUUAUGAAGAUAAGUGAUGAGUUCUUGGAAGAGGUGGAGGCUCGUAACCACAAAGUGGACGAGUUAAAGGCCGAGGCGAAGUUCUUAGUUGGAAGGCUGUCAGAACUACAGGAGUCUAGGAGGUCAUUGCAAAGUGAGGUUACCAAGCUGUUGGAAACGAACUCUUUGCUGUCAAAUGAACUAAAUGACUCCAUGGAGAAACAGAAGAUGUUUGAGCAUGAUUUCAGUAAUCUUGUUACUGAAGCAGUCAGCAAAGAUAUCCUCAGUGUGAUCUUUAGAAGCCUUCAUGAAGAGAGGACGUUGCAACUGAAGUCUUUGCAUAAUAAUUUUGGCUGUCUGCAAACAACAGGCAGUGAGCUUUAUCAGGGGAUCAAGAUGAUGAGCAAGAAGCUUGGAGACUUAGAAAUCGAGAACAAUUACCUUGUCAAAGAACCCGGUAGAACCAUGAGUGUUUAUGAUGGAUCUUUUGUGCAAACUGCUGCAGGAAAAAGGCAUCCAGGGCGAAGAGAUUGGCACCUUCUGAAUUCUGGCAGGAAAACCCAGCAAGAUGAUCAUGUAAACAUGGAGGUGAAACAACAUAAAGAAGUUGGCAAUCCUGAUUUUCAGGAAUCAAAUGAAAUGCUACAGGGGGAGGUACUUAAGUUACGGAGUGAAGUAGAAAUGCUUAGGAGCAAGGAGAAGUCUGUGUUUGACAUCAAAUCUUGUGAUGAAGAGAUCAUGAAAUUGCUGGCUAAUAUGCAAAUGGCCAUCAUGAAUGCAGCUCUGUUCAAGGAGAAGGUCCUUGAGCUCAUCAUAACAUGCGAGAGUUUUGAGAUAAGUGCCAUGGUACAGAAGGAGGUGCUAAAGGAAGACAUCACUCGAAGAAACUCGUAUGUAGAUGAGCUCAAGGACAAACUGAAUGCUGUUGAGAUUGAAAAUAGAAGAUUGAAGGUUGAUCUGAAUGAUGAUUUCACAAUGAUAGGAUCAUUGCAAACUGAAGUCAGUGCCCUGGAGAAACAAAACUUGUCCCUUGCUAACGAUUGCUUGGAAUCAAAUAAGCUCAGGAUGGAGGUAAAUGCACUAUCACCUCAACUUCUGAAGACCACCAUGCGAUCCGGCGGUGAUGAAAGUGCAAUGAGUAUGGUGAAGGAUAUGGAACUGCAAAAAUUGCCUGGAACAAUCAAAGCACUCCAGAAGGUGGUCACAGAUACUGGUGUCCUUCUUGAACAAGAGAGGCUUGAUUUCAAUGCCAAUUUGCAAGAAGCGAAGAAGCAGAUUGAGGUGCUGAAGCUAAAGGAGAUCUUGGAUGAUGAUAUAAUUGAAAUGAAUUACGAGCAAAUGUUAAAAGACAUACAACUUGACCUCAUCCAAACUUCUCCAGGCCGUAGAACUGGUCCAUUUGGUCAGGAAAAGAAAAAUGUAGCACAAGUAGAUGACAAGAUGGUCAACUUUUGUGGCCUUGUUGGGCCGAGCCAUGGACAUAUCACUGAUGACCUAAAGCCACCGCAAAGUGAGUCAUUCGAGAGAGACAACAAUAAACAGGUGCCUUCUGAUCUAAUGGCUGUCAAAGAGCUCAGGAUUGACAAACAAGAGCUACCAAGGUCAAUCACCACGGAGCCACACCAGGAGUGGAAGAAUAAGGUCGUAGAGAGGUUGUCUUCUGACGCCCAGAGGCUCAAUGCCCUCCAAUCCAGCAUCCAAGAACUUAAAACAAAUGCUGAAACAUCUGAAGAGCUCGAACUUGAGAGUGUCAGAUACCAAAUAAGAGAAGCUGAGGGUACCAUCAUGCAGUUGAUCGAUACCAACAGUAAGCUAUCCAAGAAGGCCGAGGAGUUCACAUCCGCUGAUGGUCUUGACGGGGAAAACAUUGACUUGAGGAGCAGACAUCAGCGUAAGAUCUUGGAGCGCGCAAGGAAGAUGUCCGAGAAGAUCGGGAGGCUGGAGGUGGAAAUGCAGAAGGUCCAGCAGGCUUUGCUGAAAUAUGAGGAGCAGAGCAGCAGAAAGACAUCAAAAGCCGUGCGGCGACGGUCAAAAGUGCAGCUUGUAGAGUAUCUCUAUGGUCGAAGGCGGGACAGCAGCAAACAGCAGCAAAGCUCAUGUUGUGGUUGCAUGAGAGUGAAAACCAUCGAUGACUAACUCACCUUCACACCGCUUCUUUUUUUAAGGCGUAAAGGAAGGCCGAAAUGCAUCAAGCUAUCUGUUUGUUCAUGCUGUUUUUAGGUAAAUGAGUGGAUAUAUAAGGAUUGUAAAUGGUAGUCAUGGAUAAUAACCAUCUGUUAUAAAUGACUUGUUGCUUGUAGCUUCUGAUCAUGCUUCAUAGUUGGUCUAAAGUGAAUCAUUUGUUGCUUGUAGCUCCUGAUCAUGUUCCAUAGUUGGUCUAAAGUGAAUCUUAAAGUGAAAGUUUUCCGUAAAAAGGAUACGACAUACAAUUGAUGGAAUCUUGGAGGACAUUAUUAUAUGAAUUUAUCUAUUUAUUAAUAAAAGGAGAUGACCUUUUCAUGA